UGUCUCUCGCUGGUCACAAUGGAGACUCUCGACCUCGUCGUUAUUGGAGCAGGCGGGUAGUCACUCUUCCAGCAUGGUGAGAUCUCAUCGCUAACCCGAUCCAUGGCAGGCUUCUUCGGCCUUGCUGUCGCAAAGACGUUCCAUCAGCUGAAUCCGGACAAGACCUUGGCCAUUCUGGACGCCGGCUCAACUCUGGGGGGCGUCUGGGCGAAGGAACGGCUGUAUCCGGGACUCAGGACCAACAACAUGCUGGGCACCUUUGAGUAUCCCGACUUCCCUAUGGACAGCGACACCUUCGGCGUCAAGCCCGGCGAGCACAUGUCCGGCGAGGUGAUGUACGCAUACCUCACCAAGUACGCCGAGAAGUUUGGCAUCCUCGACAAGAUCCGCUGCCAUUGCGCGAUUCUCACAGCCGAGCACCUAGGCGGCGCCGACGCGAGCUGGAUGUUGAGCGUUCGGAAUGGCGACAAGGAGCAGGCGAUCUUUGCGCGCAAACUCGUUGUGGCGACCGGUCUCACCUCGGAGCCUUUCUUACCGCACAUCGAAGGCCAGGAAGAAUUCGGGGUGCCCCUUUUCCAUAGCCGAGACUUUGUCAAGUACGCAGACACCCUGGACUCGGCCAAGUCCGUGACGGUGUUUGGCGGGACAAAGUCGGGCUGGGAUGUCGCGUACGCGUACGCUACCAGAGGCAUCAAGGUCAACUGGGUGAUUCGAGAGAGCGGCCAUGGCCCGGCAUGGAUGGCCCCGCCAUACGUCACACCGUUGAAGAAGUGGCUGGAGAAGCUUGUCCACACGCGCAUCUUGACGUGGUUCAGCCCGUGCAUCUGGGGGGAUGCUGACGGGUAUGCCGGCAUCCGCCGCUUCUACCACGGUUCAGCCAUUGGGCGUGUCAUCACAAAUACCUUCUGGUCCAUCCUUGGCGGUGACGUUAUCACACUGAACAAGUACGACUCCCAUCCGGAGCUCAAGAAGCUCAAGCCGUGGAGCCAACCCAUGUUCACCGCAUCUUCCUUCUCCAUCCUCAACUACCCAAACAACUUCUUCGAUCUGGUGCGCAACGGCAGCAUCAAGGUGCACAUCGCCGACAUCACUGGCCUAUCAGCCCGGACGGUGCAUCUUUCCGACGGUACACAGCUUGCCACAGACGCGUUCUGCUGUGUCACCGGCUGGAAGCACGUACCACCCGUCAAGUUCCUUCCCGAGGGCAUCGACAAGGAGCUCGGCCUGCCCCACGCGCCCAGCGAAACCGACUUCUUCACCCCGGAGGCCGUCAAGAACGCCGACGAGGAGAUCUUGUCGCGCUUCCCUCGCCUCAAAGACCAGCCCGUGCAGAACAAGAAGAUGCGCGACCUGCUCGACACCAAGUCGCUGACCACGACCGACGCCAUCAACCCGUCCACCCCGCUCACCCCCUGGACCCUGUACCGCUUCAUGGUGCCGCCCUCCGCGCGCUUCCUCACCCGUUCGCGCGACAUCGCCUUCGCCGGCAUCCUCCUCAACUUCUCCACCGCGAUAGUCGCCCACGCCCAGGCCAUCUGGAUCAACGCCUUCUUCGCCGACGAGCUCCCGGCCUCGGUCCUCCCGCCGCUCAGCCACAACGGCUCCCCAGAAACGCAGAAGAACACGAAGAGCGUCCAAGAGAUCAGACGCGAGACCCUCCUCCACGCCCGCUUCGGCAAGUGGCGCUACCCGGCCGGCCACGGCGCCCAGUUCCCGGAUUUUGUCUUUGAUGCCGUGCCGUACAUCGAUCUGCUGGUCGGCGAUCUGGGGCUGAAGGUGCACCGGAAGGGCGGGUGGCUGGCUGAGAUGACGGAGCCGUAUGGCCCGGAGGACUAUAGGGACUUGGUUGGGGAGUUUGCUGAGAGCGUGCGGGCAAGCGCUGGUUCAGGUAGGGAUGAUUGAUUGAUUUGGUUUACGUCUUUUGGUAUACCGUAGUAUAUCCGGCGGACUUUCACCGGUUGGGUGGGUGGGGUGGCUGUUUGGAUUGACCUUCGUCUGGUGAUUGGAUACCUGGUGUUGCGGCAGUCGUGCUUGGAGGUUUAUUGCUGC